GAGAUCUACUCUCUCUCUUCUUUACUCCAUUCCAUUGCCGUUUAUAGAACGGACUCCUUCCUAUAUUUUAUAACUUCACACCUAUAUUCUUGCGCUUUGCUAAAUCAUAGAUUUCUGGAUACGCUCGGUUUUUUCUCUCGCUCAAUAUCUACUCCGGUGCUAUUCUGUCAAUUCCUUGGUCUCUUCUCAGCCUAGAUCUGCGCGGAUCACUUGUUGUUCACAGCCUGGUCUUUUACAAUUCCUGAACCCUGGGUUUCUGGAGGAAUUAGAUUAAUUAAUCUAUAGAGUCAGAAAAGUUUAUUAGGCUGAUCAAAGGGCUUGGUGGGACUUUCAGUUUUGCUAGUUAUGAGAUUCUAUUCCUAAAAGAUAGAAUCUGGCACUGAAUUUCUUUGGUGAAGUGAACAAAUUGAACUGCAAAUAUGAUGAGAGGAAGAUCAGAUAUAGCGCAAAAGAAGCGCUUGUUGGCUUAUGCUUGUGUUUUCGGGGCGUUUCUUCUUUUCCUGUUCUUGUAUUUUGGCUCGGGAAACAAUGGUGAAUCAGCCCUAGAGUUUGGGAGCCGUUCUCUGAGGAAAAUUGGCUCAUCUUAUUUGGGUGGAGAUGAAGAGAAUGAACUUAGCUCAAAGCAGGAUGCUUCUUCAAUAAAGCUUGGGCUUGAUGACGAAGACGAUACAACCCUUCCAAAGAGCUUCCCUGUGUGUGAUGAUAGGCAUUCAGAGCUAAUUCCAUGCUUAGAUAGACACCUCAUAUACCAAAUGAGAUUGAAGCUGGAUCUUUCACUGAUGGAGCAUUAUGAAAGGCAUUGUCCUCCUGCAGAAAGGCGGUUCAACUGCUUGAUACCUCCACCACCAGGAUACAAGGUCCCUGUUAAAUGGCCAACAAGUAGAGAUGAAGUCUGGAAAGCUAAUAUCCCACACACUCACCUUGCUCAUGAGAAGUCUGACCAAAACUGGAUGGUGGAAAAAGGUGAAAAGAUUGUAUUUCCUGGGGGAGGCACUCAUUUUCACUAUGGAGCUGACAAGUACAUUGCUUCAAUGGCAAAUAUGCUGAACUUUUCAGAUGAUAAUUUGAAUAAUGAAGGAAGAAUACGUACAGUUCUUGAUGUUGGCUGUGGCGUUGCUAGCUUUGGUGGUUAUCUUCUUUCAUCAAACAUCAUAGCUAUGUCCGUUGCACCUAAUGAUGUGCAUCAAAAUCAGAUCCAAUUUGCCUUGGAAAGAGGAAUUCCUGCGUAUCUAGGAGUUCUUGGAACAAAGAGGCUUCCUUAUCCAAGCAGGUCAUUUGAAUUUGCUCACUGUUCUCGCUGUAGAAUUGAUUGGCUUCAGAGGGACGGGAUCCUCCUCCUUGAGCUGGAUAGGUUACUUCGUCCAGGAGGCUACUUUGCAUAUUCAUCUCCCGAGGCAUAUGCUCAGGAUGAAGAAGAUCUUAAGAUUUGGAGAGAGAUGAGUGCGCUUGUUGAACGCAUGUGCUGGAAAAUUGCUGCAAAGAGGAAUCAAACUGUCAUUUGGGUUAAACCUUUAACAAAUGAUUGUUAUUUUGCUAGACAACCUGGCACUCAACCUCCUCUAUGUCGCUCUGAUGAUGAUCCAGAUGCUGUAUCGGGUGUGCUAAUGGAAUCAUGCAUCACUCCUUACUCUGAUCAUGAUCACACAACCGGAGGUGGCAGGCUUGCUCCCUGGCCUGCUCGGUUAACUUCACCUUCUCCACGUCUUGCUGAUUUGGGAUAUUCCAAUGAAAUAUUUGAAAAGGACAUGGAACUUUGGAGAAGGAGGGUUGACCAUUAUUGGAACCUAUUGAGUCCAAAAAUAGGGUCAGAUAGCUUGAGAAACUUGAUGGACAUGAAGGCAAACCUUGGCUCAUUUGCAUCUGCAUUAAAGGAUAAGGAUGUGUGGGUUAUGAAUGUUGUUCCUGAAGAUGGACCAAACACUUUGAAAGUCAUUUUCGACAGAGGUCUCAUCGGUGCAGUUCAUAACUGGUGUGAGGCUUUCUCGACAUACCCGAGAACAUAUGACCUUCUCCACGCAUGGACUGUUUUCUCGGACAUAAUGAAGAAAGGAUGCAGUGGGGAGGAUCUUCUGCUUGAGAUGGAUCGGAUUCUGAGGCCAACAGGCUUCAUUAUCAUAAGGGAUAAACAGCCGGUUAUAACAUUUGUGAAGAAGCAUUUGGCAGGACUGCACUGGGAAGCUGUGGCCACAGCAGAUUCGGGGUCUGAGUCGGAUGGCGAUGAACUCGUGCUGGUCAUACAAAAGAAGCUAUGGCUCACCACGGGCAGCUUCAAGGAUUCGGAGUAACUUUCAAAAUUGAAUUCUUAAUGCUUUCAUUGAUAACAAAUAGCUAGCUAGUGAAAUUGAAAUUGAAAUUUCACGUUGUACCAUUGAUUACUUCUUGUUUUUACUUAUUUAUGUUGGAUAAUAGAAGAAGACACUAUUAUUGGCCAUCUAUAGAUUUUUAUUUUCUUCUGCAGAAUUCUAUUUUAGAGGUUAUAUAUAUGUCUUUCUACGGAAUUUUUACUCUAUAAGAUGUUUCUGAAUUCAAUUAUAAAUUGAUUUUGAGUAUUA